AUGGCAGUGAAUGUGUAUGCUACGUCCGUGUCUAUUGACAAUCUCAGCCGCCAUGACAUGCUGGCGUGGGUCAACGAUUCCUUGCACCUCACCUACACCAAGAUUGAACAACUGUGUUCAGGGGCGGCGUACUGCCAGUUCAUGGAUAUGUUGUUCCCGGGUUGCAUCCUCCUAAAGAAGGUGAAAUUUCAAGCCAAGCUGGAGCAUGAAUUUAUACAUAAUUUCAAAGUUCUUCAAGCAGCCUUCAAAAGGAUGAGUGUGGACAAGAUCAUUCCGGUGGAAAAGCUGGUAAAGGGAAAGUUCCAGGACAAUUUUGAGUUUGUCCAGUGGUUUAAGAAGUUCUUCGACGCCAACUACGACGGGAAGGAGUAUGACCCCAUGCUAGCCAGGCAGGGGCAAGACGUGGCCCCUGCUCCUAACCCAGGUGAUCACUUUAGCCACAAACCAAAGAGAACUCCAGGACCGCAGAGGACGUCUCCGACAGUGCCCAAAAACAUGCCGACGCCACAGCGGGUCCAACACAACAACCCGGCCUUGAGGAAGAACUCCACUCUAUCCCGAAACGGCGGCAGUGACGCGGAGAUCACAGAGCUCAAUCAACAGUUGAUGGAGUUGAAGCUGACUGUCGACGGGCUAGAAAAAGAAAGAGAUUUUUAUUUCAGUAAACUACGGGAUAUCGAGCUUAUCUGCCAGGAACAUGAGAGUGAGAGCAACCCGGUACUCAGCAGGAUAAUCGAAAUCCUUUACGCCACAGAGGAGGGCUUCGCGCCUCCAGAAGAUGAAGAACUUGACGAACAAGCCCACCUGGACCAGGAUGAAUACUGA